AUGGUAGCUCUCCUUUGUCCGAGCAUAGACAUCCGGAACAACAUAUCGAAUUUCAGCCUCUUGGAGAACUGCACUGUGAUCGAAGGGCACCUGCAGAUCUUGCUUCUUUUCCAAACCAAAGCCGAGGACUUCCGAGGCCUCAGCUUCCCCAUGCUCACCAUGGUGACGGACUACCUGCUCCUCUUCCGAGUCUACGGCCUUGAGAGCUUGAAGACGCUUUUCCCCAACCUCACUGUCAUCCGAGGGACCCGCCUGUUCUUCAACUACGCGCUGGUCAUUUUCGAGAUGGUCCACUUGAAAGAGAUCGGCCUUUACAACCUGAUGAACAUCACUCGCGGGGCGGUCCGGAUUGAGAAGAAUUACGAGCUGUGCUACCUGUCCACCAUCGACUGGUCCCAGAUCGUGGACUCCCUGGAGGAUAACUAUAUUGUGAGCAACAAGCACGACAAGGAGGAAUGUGGCGACGUGUGCCCGGGAAUCAUGCAAGAGAAAAGCAGCUGCUCUUCCACGGUGGUCAAUGACAAUUUCAUUGAGCGAUGCUGGACCCACGAGCAUUGCCAGAGAGUGUGUAUUCCUGCGUGCAAGUCUCAAGGCUGCACCGCGGACGGACGGUGCUGCCACCCAGAGUGCCUGGGCAACUGCCUGGAGCCCAACGACCCGGCAAAGUGCGUGGCGUGCCGGAACUACAUGCUGGACGGCCGGUGCCUGGAGACGUGCCCGCCCAACUACCUCCGCUUCCGCGGCUGGCGCUGCGUCACCUUCGAGUUCUGCCAGGAGCUUCACAACGCUUGCAAGACCGCCCGCGAGUCCGGCUGCCAUGUCAUCCACAAUGGCGAGUGCGCUUCGGAGUGCCCCUCCGGGUACACCCUGAAUUCCACCAACCUCCAGUGCACCCCCUGCGCCGGGCUGUGUCCGAAGAUCUGCAACUUGGAGAAAGAGAAGGUCAUCGACUCUGUGACGGCGGCGCAGGAGCUGCGAGGCUGCACCAUCAUCAACGGCAGCUUGAUCAUCAACAUCCGCGGAGGAAGCAACAUUGCGGCCGAGUUAGAAGCCAACUUGGGUCUGGUCGAAGAGAUUUCGGGCUAUUUGAAAAUCCGCCGCUCCUAUGCUCUGGUCUCCUUGUCUUUCUUCCGCAAGCUGCACCUCAUCCGAGGGCAGGAUUUGGAAGCGGGGAACUAUUCUUUCUACGCCUUGGACAACCAGAACCUCCGGAAGCUUUGGGACUGGAGCAAACACAACCUCACCAUCACUCGGGGAAAGCUUUUCUUCCAUUACAACCCCAAGCUGUGCCUGUCCGAGAUUCACAAGCUGGAGGACAUCUCCGGGACCAAGGGCCGCCAGGAGAAGAACGACAUUGCCCUCAAGACCAACGGCGACCAAGCUUCUUGUGAGAACGAGGUGCUCAAGUUCUCCUUCAUCAAAACGUCCAGCGACAAGAUUGUGCUGAAGUGGGAGCCAUACUGGCCCCUGGACUUCCGUGACCUCCUGGGUUUCAUGCUCUUCUACAAAGAAGCUCCCUUCCGGAACGUGACCGAGUUUGACGGCCAGGACGUGUGCGGUUCAAACAGCUGGACCGUGGUGGACAUCGACCCUCCCGCCCGGCCAACGGAUGCCAAGCCCAUCUCCUACCCUGGCUGGCUGCUUCGGGGCCUGAAGCCUUGGACCCAGUACGCCAUUUUCGUGAAGACGUUGGUCACCUACUCGGACGAGCGCAAGACCUACGGGGCGAAAAGUGAGAUCAUCUAUGUCCAAACCAAUGCCUCAGUGCCGGCCGUCCCCACGGAUCCCAUCUCUGUCUCCAACUCGUCCUCCCAGAUCAUCCUCAAGUGGAAGCCGCCCACCGACCCCAACGGCAACAUCACCCACUACGUGGUCUCCUGGGUGCAGCUGAGCGAGGACCGCGAGCUGUUCGAGCUGGACUACUGCCUGAAGGGCUUGAAGCUGCCCUCUCGGAUCUGGUCGCCCCCUCUGGAGUCCGAAGACGUCCACAAGCACAACCAGACUGAGAACGAGGAGGUCAGCGGGAACUGCUGCGCCUGCCCCAAGACGGACUCUCAGAUCCAGAAGGAGCUGGAGGAGUCGGCCUUCCGGAAGACCUUUGAGAACUACCUCCACAAUGAGGUGUUUGUUCCUAGGCCCCAGACAAGGAGACGGAGGGACCUUGGCAGCAUCGCCAACAGCACCACACCGCCCCCUGCUGUCCUGGGCUCGGCGAACGGCUCCACCGUUGUGCCUGAGGAAGCCAAGCCCUUCGAGAUGGUGGUGCUGAAGGAGUCAGUGGUCAUAUCCAGCUUGCGGCACUUCACGGGCUACCGGAUCGAGAUCCAGGCCUGCAACCGCGAGGCCCCGAAGGAGUGCGGCGUGGCCACCUACGUUAGUGCCCGGACCAUGCCGGAAGCCAAAGCAGACGAUAUUGUGGGUCCCGUGACCUACGAGCUUCUGGACCAGAACAACGUCCACCUGCGAUGGCAGGAGCCCAGGGAGCCAAACGGGCUCAUCAUCCUCUACGAGGUGAACUUGGGACGCCUGGGCGAUUCCGAGGAAGAGCGCCACUGUGUGUCCCGCCGGGAUUAUUCCAACAAUCACGGCUGCAAGCUACGGGUGUUGCAACCCGGCAACUACAGCGCCCGGGUCCGGGCCACCUCGUUAGCAGGGAACGGAUCAUGGACUGAGCCCGUCUACUUCUACGUCUCCGAUUCUCUGGGCUCGCCGGUCAACCUGGUCAGCAUAAUUGUUCCCGUCAUUUUUGCCAUCUUCCUCUUCGUGGUCAUCGGAGGCGCCUACGUAUUCGUCAGGAAAAGGCAAACCGAAGGACCCACGGGGCCUCUCUACGCCUCUUCCAAUCCGGAGUAUCUCAGCGCCAGCGAUGUUUACAUCCCAGACGAGUGGGAGGUGCCCCGGGAGAAGAUCGCUCUCCUUCAGGAGCUGGGGCAGGGCUCCUUCGGCAUGGUGUAUGAAGGGGUCGCCCGGGACAUCGUCAAGGGUGAGGCUGAGACCCGGGUGGCCGUCAAGACGGUGAACGAAUCCGCCAGCCUGCGAGAACGCAUCGAGUUCCUCAACGAGGCCUCUGUGAUGAAAGGGUUCAGCUGCCACCAUGUGGUACGGCUCCUUGGGGUCGUUUCCAAAGGGCAGCCGACCCUCGUGGUCAUGGAGCUGAUGGCGCACGGGGACCUGAAAAGCUACCUGCGCUCCUUGCGGCCGGAAGCAGAGAACAACCCUGGCCGGCCGCCGCCAACCCUCCACGAAAUGAUCCAGAUGGCAGCCGAGAUCGCUGAUGGGAUGGCCUAUCUGAAUGCCAAGAAGUUCGUCCACCGGGACUUGGCUGCCCGGAACUGCAUGGUGGCCGAAGACUUCACCGUCAAAAUUGGAGACUUCGGCAUGACCCGGGACAUCUAUGAGACGGACUACUACCGGAAGGGCGGGAAGGGCCUGCUGCCAGUCCGGUGGAUGGCCCCCGAGUCCUUGAAGGAUGGCAUCUUCACGGGCUACUCCGAUGUCUGGUCUUUCGGGGUGGUCCUUUGGGAGAUCAGCAGCUUAGCGGAGCAGCCUUACCAGGGCCUGUCCAACGAGCAGGUCCUGAAGUUCGUCAUGGACGGAGGAUGCCUGGAGCGGCCAGAGAACUGCGCGGAGCGGCUGCACAACCUCAUGCACAUGUGCUGGCAGUACAACCCCAAGAUGCGCCCCUCGUUUGUUGAGAUCAUCACGAUGCUGCUGGAGGAACUGCACCCCUCCUUCCAGGAGGUCUCCUUCUUCUGCAGCGAGGAGAACAAGCCGCCAGAGACGGAGGACUACGAGCUGGACUUUGAGAACAUGGAGAGCAUUCCCCUGGACCCGGCCUCUUACUCGCAGCGGGACGAGAUCUCCGGGCGGGACGGCGGGCCCUCCCUGGGGCUGAAAGGGAACUACGAGGAGCACGUCCCCUACACGCACAUGAAUGGGGGCAAGAAGAAUGGGCGCCUCCUAUCCGUGCCCCGCUCCAGCCCCUCCUCAUAGCAGGCCGCCCCCCCACCGCCUUGGGCUCUCUUCUUCCCACCCAACCCAACCCAACCCAACCCCUCUGCACACCGAUCUCAGGACUUUUCAGUAUUGCCGACACCGCUCGGAGGAGGACAAC